AUGCUGAUUGUCCAUUAAAGGAUGCAGCCAGCCGGAAAAUUGCUAGGAUCACAGUGAAGGGUCCCCUUUCUUAAAACUGAAGAGUUUUCUAAAUUAAAGAGUUUCUUAAACUUAAGCUUCACAAGGCAAUGGAAUCUCCCAACCCAGCAUUUCAUCCCAUCUACAGCGUUGUUCACUCUGUAUUUGAGUACCACCUCUGAGGCUAGAGAACAUUGCUUGAAGAUGCUAGAGGAAGCACUGAGCAGCAACCAACAAGCAACAUCCACAAGAAAUGGUUCAGAUCCCCUUGCAUGGGCUGUAGAAAUGGAAUAUGAGGCUUUCCAGACUAGCAAAAUGGCAAACCUGUACAAAGCAACUGUUCUAAAGAAGAUUUCAGAAAUUAACAAAGCUUCAAAAGAUGGAGAACUGUAUUCCAACCUGGUUGCAAGAGUUAAUGGCACUACCAAAGUGAAGACUGAACCUAUUGUAACAACUGAUGAUGAAUACUUCCAAGCAUCCAAGGUGAAUACGUUCAAACCCAAGAGGGUAGGAAUUGGAAUCAGAAAGACACCUGCAGUGUUCCAGUCUGCUUCAGAAAUUCUAGCAGCCAAAGAAGAAACUGAUGUUAAUCCUGUGAAGGAAGAGUCAAGCCCAAACUGGAAAGGAGACUGUAUCUGUGAUCCUGAGCCUGUAGGCAUUGAUAAUGUUCUUGAAAACAAGGUAACAGUGACCAAAGAAGUCAGCAAAAAUGUUGGAGUUCCUAAGAAGAAGGGACAACACAGCACCUCUGACCCUAUUGUUUCCUUAGGAGUUAGUCCUACCAAGAAGGGCAAACCCACCAAGAAGCAGCAGCUGCUGGCAGAAACAGCUAGGAAAGAAUCUCAGAACAUUGCCAAAUUCUUCUCCAUCUCCAAAGAAGAAUCUAAGUCCGCAGUAUGCAAGUUUGAUCUGACAGAAGAGCAAAACAGUAAUCUCAGUGAACUACCUCAGUUUCCUUCUCAAAAAGUGUGCAAAGAGAAAGCAGGAUUAAAGGAAACUGAAAUUGUCCCCAAAGAAGAAGUAGGUGGCACAUUCCAAAUAGAAGAUGACAAAUCUGAGAAAACAGCAGAUCUGACUUUGGGUAGUCAUAACUCAAGGGCAAAAUCUUCAUAUUUGGGAUCAAUCCAUGAAAAAUCAAGCUGUGCUAAACCUUUGAUUGAAGAGGAAAUGGCCAACAGUUAUGAAAACCGUAGUGGAAAGAGACCAGGAUCAACUGAGGACCUGGAGAGCCCUGCUGAAAAGAGGCUCAGAAUGAUAACCACACCAUCCAUAUUGUUGCAGUCAGAGGGAAAAGCUGGGGGACCAGUGAAAAAGAAAGUCACUUUUGAUCCAAACCUAGCACAGGUUGAUAAAGAAGGAACCACCAAAACCAUACAGCCACCUACAAAAGCACUAUCACUUAAAGAAACUGCUGAUAUUGUUGUGAAGUACCUGACCCCUUUCUACAAAGAUGGGAGAUUUGCUUCCAAGGAUCUGUUUAAGGGGUUUGCCCGGCACAUCUCUCACCUUUUGGCUGCAGACAAGAAUCCUUUGCGCAGAAUGGUGAAAGAAGAAGCACAGAGGCUGAUCAAGCUGUUUUUCAAAAACCGGAGCAAGUGUGAAAAUGAGGACGACUGGCAGGACCUCCUGAGCUUGGAAACAUGACGUAGGAAAUGUAGCAGUUCUUUCUACUUCCUGUGGCUACUGGACCUAUGCCCUCCCCACUGGUGGAUUCUUUGUGUCUAUGCUUUGGGCUGCUACUGGGGGGGGGGGGGGGGGGGGGAGCGUAGUUAGCAGAGAAUAUCUCUGGGGGAAAGACCUUCAGUGAUGACAUCUGACUUUCUCUGUCUGAGACAAGCUCUCAAACUUAGGUUCCAUAGUUAUUGGUUCACCUAUCUACUUUACACUUUGCUGCUUUUAGCAGAUAUAAAGGGGCUGGAAUGAAGUAUUUUGUUAGGAAUCCUGCUGCUAUCCAAGAUUCUCCUACCCCCAGUCUUUUAGUAUGAAUUCUGCUAGCAGCAGCCUUAAACAGAAGAAAUGCAACUGCACCACUCAGGGGUUUCUGGGCUGUAGAAGUGACUUGUUAUAGAAUACUUUUACUUUGGAGAAAACUACUAUGAAGAUUGGCAUUGAAAGUAAAUCUAGAAGAGUUGCUUUGGCCAAUUUGAUUUUGAUUUUUCUUAAAAUGUUGGGAUGUUUAUUUUGAAAAGUGUUCUCUUGCAUUAGAAUAAAAAGUUUGACCCACAAAAAUGCUACAAGAAUGAGAACUUCUCUCAGGGACAGCACACUGACAGAAAUAUCUCUUUAUGAGUUGGCAGUAGAGUGUUGAUUGAAGUUAACAACCAAAGUAAAGAUUGCAUGGAAACAUAGAUAACAAAAUGCAGGUAAUUUUAAAAAAAUUAAGGAAUGAAGCUGGUUAGGGUGAGAGUGAUCAGACAUAAUGCAACAAUCUGUAAGGAGAGGCUUGUUUGCAGUCAGUUCUAAUACUUUUUGCUGCUUUGUUGCCACUGAUUGCCACUCUAGUCACUCCCAUUUAAGAUUUCAAUGCAUAUUUACCGCCCCACUCCCCAGUAUUCAUCAACAUAGUCAGGCCCCACAAGUUUAUUUCAAAUAAGAGAAUGUUAUAAAAUCUUUUGUUCUUAUGUUCUCCAGGAUUGAUGGUAUGUCUUCAGUAAUAGGAGCAGGAAUGUGCAGAUCCUUUUAUUUGUUACAUGCCACUAUAAUUUAAUAUGUAGAGCUUCAUGGAUAGGAGCAGUUCUGCCUGUUAGUAAAACCUCAGGAAUAAACAGAGGCCAUGGGUUAAAACACCCACACCCAUUGAAUUUUUGGUUAUGAGUAUGUAUUCUGUUUCUGUGCAUCAAAAGUGCAUAGAAUUGUGUCCAAAUUAUGGCAAGAUUUUUAAAAAGGCAACAACAUGUUCAUCUGAUGUAUUUGCAUAAACAUUAGCAAUUACAGAUAGAGUCAAAUGUAUCAUUAUGGAAAAUUGCUAUUGUAAUGCUACAUACUGUUCCGCAAUAAGAUUGCAUUACUACUUUAUCUUAUAUUUUUACUUGUGUGUAUAGACUGAUUCUAAACCAUCUGAACCCUUAGAGGUAGGUUAUUACUGACAUCUGAUUUAACUGAGAUCCUGAAUGGCUUCUUCACAAAUUUUGUGAUGACAAGCACAUUUAACAUAUAGUAGAGAGUAGGAGCCUCUCACUAGACCCUUGCCUGUUGUACAUGCAUAAAAUGUGUAUGCUGCAUGUACAGAGUUGUCGAUAGGUAUGUACAUAAAAUAUUUUUAAAUGCACCUUAAAACAACAUGGCAAGUGGUCCUUUGUAUUAGCCAUAGUGUAGUGUUAUUCACUGAUGCUAAAGAGCCUCCCUUCCAGUAGCAUGGGUAAUCGAGGCAUGGGCAAUUCUACUAUGCAGUCAUGGGUAUGGAUGAGAACACCUGUCCCUGUAAACAUUGGCAGCAGUUGAUGGUAAGAUUGCUGAGAAUAAGUAGGCAUUACAGGAAUUAGUGUUGGUACUCUACCCCCAUUCCUUUCUAGGAGCCUUGGUUUACAGAUUUUAUUUUGAGGUUGUGCAGUGACAGCUGUUUUCUUUACCAAGCAGUUCUAGUAUGGAAGAAUGAAGCUGGCUGCAAAGUAACAUCUGCAUUCAGGACACGACUUGGAGCUGCUUUGAUUUCAGGGAAGAGAAAGGCACUUUUUUCCCUGUACUUGAUGUGCCAUACUAUGAUGGGCAGAGAGCAUCAUUGUAUGAAUUGUUAUUGAUGUGUAUUCUGACAUAACUGUGCAUUUGGAAGAGUUAAUUUAGUCAGAAUAUGUUAACUGUAAACUGAAUACUCAAAGCCAUAUUGAUUCAGGGUGUUCUAACAUUAUCCUGAUCAACCACUCCUCAUUGUAGCAGAACUGUCCAGAGGUUGUGGAGAUGAUGGUAUUCUAUUUAUAUACAUUUGGAAUAUCAACCUUUACAAUUGUGUUUUAUUGACAUGUGCCUUAGCUCUAUCCCUGCAGAAGUCACUGUAUUUUCUGACAAUAUGAGCUCAUAGACAAAAGUGGAACUAGAAAACAGAUCCUCUAAACAGCUUACAUGGGAAACGGGGCUCUGUUACUUUAAAACCUAUGUGCAAUCUGCUAAUAAAGUGACUAUUAAAGA